AUGACGCCUCCUGGCAGCCCACCUCGGGUGUCGUCCUUGCAGGGCACGGACAAGGAUGACCUCAAGGAACUCUUUGUCGACGCUAUCCGACAGGUGUUGUCGGAGAUGCCCGUUGUGCCUACCUCGUCGCCUGAAAAAUCCCAGCUCGCCACUGCCAGCCUGCUGACGGAUCUUCUGGAGGUCUUUCAGGCCACUCCGACUUCCGCUACUACUACCGGACACUCGCCAUCAGCGUCUGUUGGCGUCGAGAAGGACAACCAUCUUCAACUGCCUUGCGACAGUCGGGGCGUGACACCCCCUAACAGCCCCUGCAUCACCCCUUCGGAGCCUGCUGCAGUUUUCCAGCUGAAAGAGCCCACUGAUUCCCUCGUUCAUGUUUCCGACGACCCGAGAGCAUAUUUAGUCUCUGCAGAGAAGCUGCGACCCAGUGCAAGCGACUCGAAGGUCGCCAGAAAUCCAAAAUCGGCAGUGACUCUCAAUGAUGAUAAUGUUGCAACUCUGAAAGACCUUGGACCAGCCAAUGGUGGCCAAUUGACGCAGAACACGGUCGAUAGCGAUGCGACAGGUGGACAACGGCUGGUGCGAGGCGCUCAGGUGUCAAAUAUGGAGGAGAGAAAAAAUUGUGAAGUCUGCGACAUAAAAAAGAGCCAAUACAAGUGCUCCUCACCGCCUCUGCUUAACGCAGAUGAGCUUGAGAGCCUGUUGGCGAACGCUGCCAAAACGAGGAACUGGGCUGACUCUCCAGACACGGCAGAUAGUCUUGACCUUUGUGAGGCUCGUGAGAUCGAAUCCGAAGAUCUUAGGGGUGACCGUCAGGGUAGUCCCUAUCCAGAAGACUCCCAUGUUCCCUCGGAGCCUGUUACAAUGAGACAGUUGAAAGACCUUUUCCAAGCUGUGCUUGAUUGCAAAGCUCAAACGGCUUCCGAUGGCGCGGAUAAUAGUCCCGCUGGACCCAAGAAGACGGCAGAGAACAAUCAGGAUAGCGAGGACAAAAGGAUUCUGGCCUCCAGGAUUGAGUACAAGACCGUCAACGAAGCCUGGGAUUCCAAGGCGUACGAGUACAAGAUCGUCGAUUCCCCUCCCCCACAGGAUGUGAGUGAAUUAGACGAAUUCGUAUUCGUCGUCCGCAAGCGUAUCCAAAAACAAACGCACGAUAUCAUCAUCUACGUGGAUAUCAAGUCACCAGUCCUGCGAGACAUCUUGAGAUGCAUCCUGAAAGACAUUAGAACAGCGGGACUUGAAGCCGACAAACCUGCGGUGGAGCGGAACUUAUUGUUCCAUUUCCUUCCAGAGUUGAAAAGUUUUGGCACCGGCUCCGACGAUGAUACCACGGAAGAGGAUGGCAUGCGACACCUGAGUCUGCUAAUCAAGCACCUAGAAGAAGCAUACGAGUCAACAACCAGCCAAAUGAACUCGCUUCUGGCUCACAGGAAGAUAACAUACGACUUGUUAUGGGCGUUCUUCAAACCGGGCGCACUGCUGUACAUGACCUGCCCUUCCACAGGUCUGCCCCGGUGCGUUCGUUACAGCUGCGGCAAAGAGACGAAGACAGUCCGGAAGGGUGUUUGUUUUGAGAUCCAGUGUCAGUAUUUUGAUUACGACGGAGAAGUGUUCGGUGAAUCUACCGAGAUUUUGCAGAUUGAAAUGUUCUCCGGAGCACGCAGAAUUGAAAAUCUUCCGGCAUAUCCAUUGGAAUUCCACCCUGACCCGGAGAUCUGGUCGCGCCUAGUAUCGGCUGGUCGAAAGUUCGUGUCGCUCAUUGGCUGUUACCAUCGGCAAUAUGAAGGAAAUAUGUUCGUCCAACAUAAGGAUCAACUAAUGAAAGUCCAUGUCAUUAGCAGGAUCAUGAUCGACGCCCAGCAAUUCCGGAAGUGGAAUCCCAACUAUGCAAGACUAACGACAAAAAAGCCCCAUACCGAUAUGUUUGGCCAAAUUUUGGAUCACGAAAUUGUUGACCGUGUCCAGAGUAACGGUAUGGAUCCCAGCGAGUUAAAGGAGGAAGAGCUAGCUAUCUGCAGCCCGACGGUUCUCGGUUUCUCCCUGAACGAGAAGAUUUGGGGAGAAUUUGCGGUAGAAAAGGUGGCUGCGAUCCAAUUCUCUGAUACGCCCUUUGACAUGUUAGCAAUCCCCGAGGACAAAAAGAAGGUCAUCAAAUCUCUCACUGAAAGUCGGGUCCGCGCAACGACCGAGGGAAAAUUCGAUGACAUCAUUGAAGGAAAGGGGCAAGGGGUCAUCAUACUCCUGCACGGCCCUCCAGGCGUAGGGAAGACUUUGACAGCAGAAGCCAUCUCUGAACGACUUCAACGACCGCUCUACUCGAUUUCCGCUGGAGACCUCAGCGCUCAAGCUGAGCAGCUUGAAGUCCAGCUAACACGCACCUUCCGUGUUGCCAGCAACUGGAAGGCUGUGCUCCUCUUGGAUGAAGCGGAUGUUUACCUGCAGCGACGGGAUGGCCUGCACUUAGAACGCAACCGCCUUGUUGCCACGUUCUUGCGCACGCUUGAGUAUUAUCCCGGUAUCUUUUUCCUCACGACGAAUAUGCUCCAGGACUUCGAUGCAGCCAUCCUUGACCGAAUCCAGUUAAAGUUGCAGUAUCAUGAUCUGGACUCAUCGGCCCGACAAGCCAUCUUCAGACACUUUUCUGCUAAGACAGGAGCGGAAAUUGUGGAAGAUGAGAUACGCAACUUCGCCGAGGUCAGCCUGAAUGGUCGGCAGAUCAAAAAUGUUAUCAAGCUUGCACACAACGUCGCCAUGUCUGAGGGGGUUCCACUGCGUGCGGAUCACAUUCGAUCGGCCCUUGGAGCAAACGGGUAUACUAUACCCACUCCUGGCUCCAAGGUUUACAAUAGUCUCUAUGACUAUUAG